GUAUAUAGGAAAUUAGGAAUAGGAGUGAGUGAUUCAGAAUCAAGAUCCAGGAAGAAGGUGUUUGUCAACUCUAUCUUCAUCUUCAUCUUCUUCAUCGAGGAUCCCUUGUUCUGAUCCAUUGUUAAAUGGGUCUUCUUCGCAACCAUGGUCUCCUUCUACUCGUCCUCUUCCUUGCUGUUCUUUCGCUCUCUUUUCCGGCGGAAUCUCUGGACGAGGAGAAUCUGCUUCAACAAUUGAACAGUUACAGAACAUCCUUAAACCUGUCUACCUUAACUGAGAACAAAAAUGCAAACUGUUUAGCCGAAGAGUUAGCAGAACAGUUCAAGAACCAGCCUUGUACAAACACGACGGGUGCAGACACUGUCCCCGGAACCGAGCCUCAGUUUUCGAACUAUCCUGAUCUACUCGUUAAAUGCCAUCUCAAUAUAACCAACACUAGGGAGGGAAAUGUAAUGCCUGCUUGCAUUCCGAAUCUGGUUCCUGACCUUGUGCUUUCGAAUUUCACGCAAAGUCAAUACUCGGAGUACUUGAAUGAUAGCACAUUUAGUGGAGCCGGGAUAGGUUCAGAAGACAAUUGGGUUGUUGUUAUCUUAACCAAGGACACGGUUGGAGGCAACUUCAGCCCGGCUCAGAAUGACGCUGCUGGUUUGUCGUUGAGUUCUGGUCUGGCUCGACUCCUUUUCGCCUUUGGCUGCUUUCUAGUUAUGCUGAGAUAAGAUAUUUUUGGUGUCUGUUGAGACAAUAUUACAAAGAUUUUAUGUAUUUUCGUUUUUAUGUAUUUUCUUGAGAAGUGAUCUUGAUCAGCUUAACUAUAUAUACACUGAAAACUAAUCUACCUUCUUGA